AUGACUCACAUCAGCGCUAGCAAUCGCAACUUCAAGGGGCGCAUGGGGUCGCGCGACGCAGAGGCAUACCUCGCGAGUCCCGAGGUUGUGGCUGCCAGCGCUCUCAGCGGCGUUAUCACCGGCCCGGGCAUCUACAAGGCGCCUGAAGAUUGGUCCGGCGUGGACGCAGGGUACGGCACCGGCCUAGCACGUACCACUGAGAACGAGCUUUCUGGACUCGUACAGCAGCUCGACUCGCUGAUCGAUAGAAUAGAGUCUGCCGCGGGAGGACUCGAGGCUUGGGUCAAGGCCGAGCUUGCUAAGACGACAUGA